AUGGAGCAAGAGUCCUCUCAGGGCCCCGGUGGCUGCUUCGCCGCGGGAGGCGCAGACCUCAUCACCGAUCCCUUCGCGAAGGCUGUCGCGAGUUGCUACAUGCAGUGCAUGGCAGCCUUCACGAUCGAGCAGGAGGAGGUCUCCUUGGGCAGCAAUGGCAUCGUGGCUGAGCCCUUACUGUCGGCCUGCGAACACCCAGAGCUGUCGAUGACCUGCAGCACUUUGAGGCUCAGAUGCAGCGAGCCUGCUUCGAUCAUCCCGAAUAUCUGCACGAGCGAUCCCAUUGGGCUGGUUAGAAGGCCGAGGAUGGUUUGGCAUGCUGAUUUCUGGACAACAAGGACAGCGGACCCUGGCCACCAGCAGCGGCGGCUCUUUGCAUCAAUCUAUCAAGACAAUGCGUCUGCAUGCAACAUGGAAUACGUGGUCCAGGAGGGAAUCUGCGUGGGUAUCACUGGUCGAGCCGAUCAGUGCAAGGCGAACCUGCUUGGACCGGACCUCUCUGGGCCCGAGACUUGCCAAGGAGCUGGAGGGAAGGCUUCCGGAGCAGCGUGCCUGAAGCAGUGUGCGGAGGGCUACUACAUCGAAGCACAGGAAGACGGUCCCAACAUUGCCAUGGCCUAUCCGGUGCAAAGGGUUUGUACAUGGAGCAAGGCCGACGAUGUUGACUUCAUUGACGCUGAAGAGUGCCCCGAUGUGAGGCUGGUUUGUGCCGAGCCUUUUGGCGUUUUCCCCAAUGCCUGCAGUGGCACGGCCCAUUUGGCGAAGCAAUGGUUCGUCUCCUUCUACUCCUUCAGCAAGGAAACGGCUCCUGGCACCUUCGAGACCUCCCUGCAAACAAGGGUUGUGGUGGAUCGAGAUACUACUUGCGCCGGGACCUACCAGAUCUCGGAAGGAUCCUGCUUGGGACUGGCCUUCGGCUUCCCAGGCGCUAAGGCCGCGCUGGCUCCGCCCCGGCCCCCCGAGAUUCCGAAGAUGCCAGCGGCCUUUCCCACCGUCGGAGAAGAGGAGGCCGAGGUUUCAACCACAGCCAGACCGCUCCUGGGAACCGAAGACAAGAAUGCCUUCGUUUGGGUCGUGAGUGGAGUCGUGGUUGUUUUCGUGGCCUUGUCGGCCGUGAUCCUUCGCUGGAAUCGACUGAGCAAUCAUAGGUCCUCUCAGGAGAUUGGCAGAGAAAUCGAGCUGCAAAGUGCCACGCCCUUCUGA